AUGAGUGAAUCGAAAAUUUCCAAUCAAUCGGCCAAUAUAAUUAAGAACAUGCCAAGUCGUAUCAGUCAUAUAACAGUGUUCAUAUCGGUAACUCUCAUCAUCGUUCUUAUCAUGGUUAUUGCCCAUAUAACACGACUUAUUGUGGGAAUGAGGAGCAAGAUGAAUUCAAAGCACGAGAUGGAACCUUCUGCAAUUGUCAUUCAACCGAAGAAAAAACAGUCUGAUAAGACGAAGAAGAAAAAGAGAACAUCACUCGCCUGGUAG